AUGGACAUCUUUUCAGGUUUAUUCACACAGGUGAAUAAUAACAAUGAAGAAGACCUGAGAGUUGAACUACAAAAUAUGAAGCCUGGUGAAGGAGUAAUUCGUGCUGAAGUUGGCCCGUCUGGCGUAGCUACUUUCAAGAAAUACUUCCUUCAAGAUGGUAAACUUCAAUUUGAAAUUGUUAAACAUCCAAUCUAA